AAAAUAUGCUCAUUUUUUGGGUUUAAUUACGGAAUGAUAAUAAGGAAAGGAGGUCGUGAAGACGCUGUAACAACUGAAAAAGACACCAAGAAAAGUAAAACAUUAGAAACUAUGCUAUGCCCGGAAACUGCAAAGAAUUUCCGACAAUGUACAGUUAAAACUGCAAAACGGAAUUUGUUAGAUAGAUUUCCGUUCUUAAUCAGCUGUUCACUGUCUCCGAGUGUAAAUUGUACUGGAGAUAAUGCAGUGAUUAUCUACCAUACUUGCUAUAUUCUAUUAUCCGAAAGGUAUUUAAUUUCUCCCUCUGAAGCUGGUGAAAAAUGUGUCAACAAUGAAAUGACAAUGGCAGAUUUUCCGUCUCUUCAUCAGUCGUUUAUAAUCCUAUUCUUAGAUAGUAUUUUCAAAAUAAGAUUAGAGAAGAAGAGACAUACAAAUUCACGUGCAAUAGCCUAUCAACAUUUUAGAAUAAGAAAGAAUGUAAAGAAUGUAACUGUUUUAACAACAUCCAGUGAUAUUAGUUUGGAUUUACCCAAGUUUUUAUUUGGAGUGCCUCAGAAGUACGGAGCUAAAAAGAGAUUCCUUGGUAGAAUUCACCAAACUGAACAGUGUUCAUCAAGCCUAUGCUAUACCGUUCACUCAUCCAAUGGUUUAGAGAAGAAAGUCUAUAUAAAAGGUAUAAACUGCGCAAGUAGAAAAACAAAUAGAAUUGUUUGUCAAAGAAAACGGGGUUGA